GUGUGGUUGGGAUUAUUAAUGCCCAAAAAUUAAGCUGUUACAGUCACAUGCUUUCCAGAUGGAAUUGCAUAGUGGAUCAACAUGUGAAGGGAUUUUGCUGUGUUCAGAAUUCAUCAGCUUUGACAUUAUCCACAACACCACUGGCUCAGAUUCAGCCCGAAACCAUGUCAGAUCCAGAUCCGAGGUCCUGUGUUUGGACUUUCUUAACAAGGCUUAACAAAACGAAAGAAAAAAAUAGUAAAUGAGUGAAAAGUCAGAAUUGGAGAAUUAUUGGUCAAGACCACUUUAAAAAUGUAAAGUGGACUGGCUCCUUGCAAGCAAAGUAGAAAGAAAUAAGAGGUGACUCGAGACUAUAGCUGUCCUACUAUUUGCUGUGCAUGUGCACGUGCGUGUGUCCUACCUGUAGCGUACCAAUGCUGGGCACUUGGACACUGGGAAGGAGCAUGAAGGAAAUCCUCUUAAUCAGGUAAUCUCUCCACCCAUCUGCUGCUACUGUCAUCCACCAACAUACCAUUCCCUCCACUGGCCUUUAUCGCCAGUGCAAAUAAAAGGCCAUGCUGCUGUCUCCUCAGGCUGAAAGGAACUGGGAGAGUGUUUGUUCAGUGCUCGAAGAUGUGUUGGAGAGCCAGUCACACAGGCAGUUAUUUGCUUUAGAGCUUGGUUCUGGAACUGGCCAGCAUAUCAUACGGUUUGCUCAGAAGAUGCCCUUUGUCAUUUGGCAGCCAUCAGACAUCAAAGAGGAUUCUCUAGAGAGUAUCAAGGCAUAUAUUGCUGCAACCCAAGCAAAGACGGUGCUACCACCUGUUCACCUGGAUGCCAGUGAACCGUGGGAGAAAUGGGCAGGACUGAGUCACAACUCCUGUGACGUUAUUAUUUCCAUUAAUUUACUACAAUACAGCUCCUUCAAAACAGCCCAGGGAGUGUUCAGUGGAGCAGGACAGAUCCUCAAACAAAACGGCCUUUUGAUAACAUAUGGGGUGUAUGCUGUUAAUGGCAUCAUCACACCAAGUUGUAAUGAAAAGCUGGAUGAGGAGCUACGAAAAAUGAAUCCAGACUGGGGUCUUCCAGAUAUCGACGUGCUCAGACAGCUGGCCUAUGGGAACGGGAUGCGUAUGGAGCGGAUAAUUGAGAUGGAAGAAUACUACAAAUGCCUCAUCUUCAGAAAACUCUAAAGAAGCCAAAAUACCAAAAGGACAUUAAAUUAUUAGUUCACAUCAGUUAUGAGUGUAAGUCUAUAGUCUUUAUAUUUGUAAGACAAUUCUGCAAUCUGAUAAUGGAUAUAGUUGAAUAAAAGCUUU